AUGAGUCCAAUUACGCCUACAAGUGAACAGGCGCCUACGAUCUAUGUCAUCGUCGUGUAUACGGUGGUGAUCUUCGCGCUAUGGGUCAUCCCAGGAGCCCGUGUUCUCAUCAACCCAUUGAAACUAUUCACCAUCGGGUGGCACGAAUUCUGCCACAUCGUCGCCGCUGUGAUGACCGGUGGCAGUGUAGUCAAAGUGACGAUCGAUCCCGACCUCGGAGGCGCAACAUACGUAGAGGGUGGCAAUGCUCUCGCCAUCCUUUCUGCGGGAUACAUCGGCUCCACAUUAUUCGGCGGGGUAUUCGUCCUCGCCGGAUUUGAUAUCCUCAUGGCCAAGAUCGUGAGCUUCGUGCUAGGCCUCGGGCUCGUUGCGCCUCUUGCUCUCGUGCGCAACAAGCUAAUAAUAUUGCUGACCGUCAUCUACGAAGGCAUUCUUGUUGGGUUCUGGUUCAUUGACCAUGGACAAGCUCUUCGAUGGUAUUGCCUGUUCGUGGGCGUAAUGAACGUAUUUUACGUCGUCUGGGACAUCGCGGACGACAAGUACUUCCGCAAGACGAAUGACUCCGAUGCCACCCAAUUUGCGAGACUAUUUCCCCAAGUCCAAGCGCACGUCUGGGCAGCCUUGUGGAUCAUCUUCGAAGUCGGCGUCCUGAUCGGCUUCGUGCUACUUGGCAUUGUGGCUUUUAAGCGCACGAACGCGCAAAUGUUCGCUGAAGCAGGUCAAUUUCUUCCAACAUGA